CUUUCCUAGUCCCCUAAGAUCUAGUUCCACACUUACAUUUCCUCAUCUACUACUCGUAAAACAAUCUCAAUUCACAAAAAGUCAUGGGUUUCCGGUUGCCAAGACUUGUUAAUGCUAAGCCGAGUCUAAAACGGGCUCUUUCAUCUUCAGAGACCACAGUGGUGCCCAAAGGCCACUUUGCUGUUUACAUUGGAGAAGCUGAAAAGGAGAGAUUUAUUGUCCCAAUCUCAUUCCUGAAACAUCCAUCCUUCCAAUAUUUGCUGAGUCAAGCUGAAGAAGAGUACGGAUUUAAUCAUCCUAUGGGUGCUCUGACAAUCCCCUGCAGCGAAGAAGCUUUUCUUGAUCUCAUUUGCGGUCUGCAAAGCUCUUGAGCUAUGAUGUGAAAGCGGCUAGCCGAAGAAAGAGAUUGACUCUUUAGGUCAUCUGACAAGUACCAAUUUUACUUACUAAGCGAGUGAAUAUGGUGGAUUGUUUUCUGCGAUCCCAUGCCCUUGUGAACUUAAUUAUUCUUUGUAACCAAUAUAAAUAUAUAUAUGAUCAUUUUUUAUUAAGAAAAUCGACUUGUUCUUCUCCUGAA